AUGCGUCUUUUAUCAGUUGUUUUUUCUUACUUUAUUUGUGUGCAGAUAGGAGUUUUUGCUGAACUAAGUUCUAGUUCAUGUUCACUUCUUCGUACAGCUACUAGUAUUACUACUAUUGCACCUGAAAUUGCUCAACUUCUUAUGCGUUAUUAUAGUGUUUUAUCAUCAUCAUCAUCAUCAUUACCAGUUCCAGAUGAAGAACAUCAUCAUCGCGAAAAACGUUUUCUUUUUGCUGAUAAGAUUAACAAAGAUAGUAGCAGUAAUACAAGAGGAUCAAUGUUAGAACAAAUAGUUGCUAAUGCAUUUAAAGAUGUUGAUUAUACUCGAGUAGUUUCAUUAAUUAUUAAUAAUAAUGAAAGUAUGAAUAAAAUUCGACAAAAUAUUAAUGGUGAAGCAAUUAUUCGUGUGGCUAUGCGUAAUAUUGAUUAUGAAAAAUUAGGUAGUAGUUUAUGGUAUGCUGCUGAAGCUGAAUUUAAAUUAAAAGAUUUUACAUCAAGUAUUAUUAAUAUAACUCGUAUUGAUACAAUAUAUGAAGAACUUAUUACGAAUCGUACUUUACCAGAAUGGCUUAUUAAAAGUAUUCAUCCGAAUAUCAAUGUUCAAAUUGGUCAUCAAAUGUUUGAAACAUUUCAAAAUUUAACAAAUAAAUUUAUUGAAAUAAUGAAUAGUUCAGAAAAUUUGGAUAAUUAUUUAUUUAAUAUAAUACAACAACAAGUACUUAUACCUUUAGGAACUAUUAUACAGAGAGUAAAAGAUGACAAACCUACAACGCUUGAUCAUUUAGCUGAAAUUAUUUUAAAUAAUGUAAACAAAGUUGUUAUGGAAAAAUUUACGACAACAAUAAAACCUAUGACACCUGAGGAAACUGAAGAAAAUGUAUCAACAACAAUGAUAAAUACAGAAGUUACAACUCAUGAUGAUGAUGUUAAAAUAUUACUUUAUCAAAGUUCAAUUGCAAUCAAUUCCAUUGGACAGACAGCUCGAGUUCUGCUUAAAGCGCUUGAACAACUUUAUUGUACAUCUGUAUGGGAAUAA